CUAACGGGAAUCCGUCGUGAUGUUGUUGCUGUCGUUGAUCUGUCAGAAUGUGGUGGAAACGCGGUCUCGGGGAACGAACGAUAGCUGCGUGACUUUGACGAGUCCGGGAAGGAAAGGAGAAACGAGUAGAGUGUCUCUAUUUUAAUGGAUGGAGAGAAAGAUUGUCAACGGAAGAAAGAGGCCCGGGACGAUGCUCCGUCGCCGGGUGCUGUCCCGUUUGCGUCAGGGGAGGAAACGGAUUGGGAGGGCAUGCUCAACACGGAGCGGCAGCGGGGCGACCUCGGGGACAUGACAUUCUGCAUGGCCAACUAUCUGAAGGAGACUAUGAAGAUGAUGUUUAUGAUGCGCAGCCAUCAUAUGUUGACUGAUGUAAUACUGGAAGUCGGUACCGAACUGUUCCAUGCACAUAAAGUUAUUUUAGCAGCAGCUAGUCCUUACUUUAAGGCAAUGUUUACUGGAGGAUUGAAGGAAUGUGAGAUGACAAGAGUGAAGCUCCAGGGUGUUUGUCCAACUACGAUGGCUCGCUUAAUGUACUUCAUGUAUACUGGUCAAAUAAGAGUUACUGAGAUUACUGUAUGUUCGCUGCUAUCAGCAGCUACCAUGUUCCAGGUUAGCAAUGUGAUAGAUGCAUGUAGUGUUUUUCUGGAAAGACAACUCGAUCCCACGAACGCGAUUGGCAUUGCCAACUUUGCUGAGCAGCAUGGUUGUCACGACCUGUACCAUAAAGCGAAUCAAUUCAUUGUUCAGCACUUUAACCAGAUAUGCCAAGAAGAGGAGUUCUUGCAAUUAUCCGCCAUACAGUUGGUGACGCUCAUCAGAAAGGACGAGUUGAAUGUACAGGAGGAAAGGGAGGUUUACAACGCCGUGCUGAAGUGGGUUAAGUAUAACGAGGAAGCGAGGCGGCCCAAGAUGGAGCACAUACUGCACGCGGUACGUUGCCAGUAUCUCACGCCGAAUUUUCUACGAGAGCAGAUGAAAAAUUGCGACGUGCUGAAGAAGGUGCCAGCGUGUCGCGAAUAUCUGGCGCAGAUCUUUAAAGACUUGACAUUGCACAAGAAGCCGGUUGUGAAAGAGCGUACGCCUAACACGCGGCGGGUAAUAUACAUCGCUGGUGGUUUCUUCAAGCAUUCGCUUGACGUUCUGGAAGGCUACAACGCCGACGACAAGGCGUGGACGCAACACGCGAAGCUCAUCGUUCCCAGAUCCGGUUUAGGCGGUGCGUUUCUCAAGGGGAUGUUCUACGCAGUCGGUGGGAGACACAAUUCACCGGGAAGCAGGUACGACAGCGACUGGGUUGACAGGUAUAAUCCAAUGACGGAUCAAUGGCGACCAUGCAGCCCGAUGUCAGUACCGAGAAAUAGAGUUGGAGUCGCCGUUAUGGAUGGUCUGUUGUAUGCUGUGGGUGGCAGUGCAGGCGUUGAAUAUCACAAUAGUGUCGAAUGCUAUGACCCGGAUCAAGAUACGUGGACCAGUGUGAAACCCAUGCAUAUCAAGAGAUUAGGCGUUGGAGUAGCAGUAGUGAAUAGAUUGCUCUACGCGAUUGGUGGCUUCGACGGCAAGGACCGGCUCAGCUCAGUAGAGUGUUACCAUCCUGAGAAUGAUGAAUGGACGAUGGUAUCGCCUAUGAAGUGCAGUCGCUCAGGAGCUGGUGUGACCAGUUUGGGUCAAUAUAUAUACGUUAUAGGCGGAUAUGACGGAAAAUCGCAAUUGAAUUCGGUAGAGAGAUACGACACGGAGCACGACAUAUGGGAGAACGUGAGCAGUGUCACCAUCGCCCGCAGUGCUCUUAGUGUCACCAUUCUUGAUGGCAAACUAUACGCAAUGGGAGGAUACGAUGGUACGACGUUUUUAAAUAUAGUAGAAAUUUACGAUCCGGCCCAAGACCAAUGGGCCCAAGGUGUACCUAUGACAUCAGGAAGAUCCGGCCACGCUAGUGCAGUGUCAUAUUAUCAGUGUCCUAUACAUUGUGAUCAUUUGGAUUAUAAUAUCUCGCUUGAGAAACCGCCAUCGUGAUACAUGGAUACCGAUACACUUUUUAGGAGACAUUAAAAAACAAAGAUAGUCAAAUUUUUUCAUUUGCGAAACAAACUGGGACUUUAAAAUACAGUGCGGAACGAAGUUCUAUACACUGGAAUUGUGUGAUAUAAACUGUAAGGAAUGGGGAUAUAAAUUAUCCUUCAAUUCGUUCGUAAUUGAAUUGAGCAGUGUAACAUAUAAUACUUAGACGAUACGUGACACGUGUUAUCGAACCGGACCAUACAAUUGAAAGCGCUUUCUCAACACAAAAGGAAAUAAUUUUUAUUAUUUUGCAGUUUAUCGAAGGACCAAUUUAUCUUAUUCAUUAGGAUAAAUGCGACUCGGCUAUAUUUUCUAGCUUUAUCGCUUUUUAAUUAUAGAUAAUUCUAUAAUUAAUAUAAUGUAUAGAGAAAUAAUAUAUAAUGUACAUAUUCUUGUAGCGUAAGAAAUUAUUAUUUUCAAAAAAA